AUGUCCUCCUCAAGCGCGAAAAUCACCCUGAAUACCCCUGCCGACUGGAUCCUAUGGAUCGACCAGCUGCAGUCGAAGGCCAAGUCCUACGACCUCUGGCGAUAUAUCGAUCCCCAGCGCCCAGGCGCCUUAAACACGGGACAAACGCGUCUCGAGCGGCGGAUGGAGCGGCCGAAGCGCCCCGAAAUAUAUGAUCACCCCAAGACCGGCAAAGCCGAAGUGCUAAACGAAGACGCCGACUACGAAACGCGCGCAUAA